GUAAGAGUGCCUCCUUCACUACGUCCGGACUGAGGACAGUCGGCCAGCUUGAUCCCUCAUCCUUCCUUGUGAUAUCCCGAAUGGCUGCCUCUUUCGCCCGUCUGGCGGGCAGUGCGCCCAAGAAGCUCUGUCUUCGCCCCUCUACCUUCGCCAGAAACACCCGUUCGAUAUCGACGACCCUUCCCCGUCGGUACGCGGAGCCUACCAGCUACCAGGCUACCAGACUCAUCCCGACGGAUCCGACAUUCACACACCUGGCCAACAAGGCAACCGCAGAGUCCGAGGCCGCCUCGAAUCUUGAGUCGCAGGCGGAAGGGGUCGACCGCAAGAUCCGUCACUACACUGUCAACUUCGGUCCCCAGCAUCCUGCCGCUCACGGUGUGCUUCGAUUGAUUCUGGAACUCAAUGGCGAAGAAAUUGUCCGCUCAGAUCCCCACGUCGGUCUGCUGCACCGUGGUACCGAGAAGUUGAUCGAGUACAAGACCUACAUGCAGGCUCUGCCCUACUUUGAUCGUCUGGAUUAUGUCUCUAUGAUGACGAAUGAGCAGUGCUUCUCGCUGGCUGUUGAGAAGCUGCUUAAUAUCGAAAUUCCCGAGAGAGCCAAGUGGAUCCGGACCCUGUUCGGCGAGAUUACGCGUGUCCUGAACCACCUCAUGUCGGUUCUUUCCCACGCCAUGGACGUUGGUGCUCUGACGCCUUUCUUGUGGGGUUUCGAGGAGCGUGAGAAGCUCAUGGAGUUCUACGAGCGUGUCUCCGGUGCCCGUCUGCACGCUGCAUAUGUCCGCCCUGGUGGUGUAUCGCAGGACCUACCCCUUGGCCUUCUCGACGAUAUCUACCAAUGGGCUACCCAGUUCGGCGACCGCAUUGACGAGACCGAGGAGCUGCUUACAGAUAACCGUAUCUGGAAAGCCAGAACUCAGGGUGUUGGUGUUGUCACCGCGGCUGACGCCCUCAACAUGAGUUUCACUGGUGUCAUGCUCCGUGGUUCUGGUGUCCCUUGGGAUAUCCGCAAGUCGCAGCCCUACGAUGCCUACGAUCAGGUCGAGUUCGACGUUCCCGUUGGUGUCAACGGUGACUGCUACGACCGUUACCUUUGCCGUAUGGAGGAGUUCCGCCAGUCCUUGCGCAUCAUUCACCAGUGCUUGAACAAGAUGCCCGCUGGUCCUGUCCGUGUCGAAGACUACAAGAUCUCUCCCCCUCCCCGUGCCGCCAUGAAGGAGAACAUGGAGGCUCUGAUCCACCACUUCCUUCUCUUCACCAAGGGGUACGCCGUCCCUCCUGGUGAGACCUACUCCGCCAUUGAGGCCCCCAAGGGUGAAAUGGGUGUCUUCCUUGUCAGUGACGGCAGCGAGAGACCCUACCGUUGCAAGAUCCGUGCUCCCGGCUUUGCUCAUUUGGGUGGAUUCGAUCAGAUCUCUCGUGGUCACCUUCUGGCAGAUGCUGUCGCUAUUAUCGGUACAAUGGAUCUCGUGUUCGGUGAAGUCGACCGGUAGAGAUAAGUGAAUCAUUACAUACCUGAAUAUGUGCAAUUGCAUCAUGUAGAGGCAGAGGAUAAUCAGAACAGAGCGAGCUCCUCUUGGCGUCUUUCUCUCAGGUCAUUCUUUACUUAUUCGACCCGAAAAGUGAACAUGCUAUCGGUUGAGUGCAUGGGGUGCCAGUAUAAAUGGAGAUGUGGCGAUUCGACUGCCGAGCUGUACCAAUUCCUUCCCAUGGCGUUUUGUUUGCUUCCAUUUCCUUUGUUUUCUGUUACCAUAACCCUGUUUAUAGUGACAUGUGGAUCUUCAAUACAAUGUCAUGUGCUGAAUAGAAUUAUGGGACUACAGGACUCUUAACGUGGACCACUGC